CUUCAUCAAUUGCUCUCAAAGCCAUGAAAGAUGCAAAUGGUGCAUCUGUUCAACGACUCUCUGUGCUCGAAUUAUUGCACAACAAGCUACAAGGCAUACUGUGUUGUCUACAUCCAACCAAAUACAAGACCCUCGAUGCCAUGCUCGAGAGGAAAAUGAUGGAGAUGAAGCGAGCCAGUGUCCGUGUGCCGGAGCAUCUCAACUUCAAAACCAUCGACUCCGUGUUAAUAAAAUUCCCACAAUUCCGUGAGGGUUUCCAAGAGAUUCGAAAUGUAUUUCAACAAUACGAUGAAGACUCCGACGGCAUCCUCGACAUAGAGGAGCUCAAGAAAUGCUUGCAUUCGAUAGAGCUCAACGACAUCGACGAGGCAGAGAUCGACAAUCUUUUCGACUAUUGCAACGUGGACGGGAACAAAGGGAUGCAAUUCAACGAGUUCAUAGUUCUUCUAUGUCUCGUGUAUCUCCUAAUGGACUCGACUCCUGCAGAGACAUCAAAAACAAACUGGCCGCUAAUCAAAAGAACAUUCGAUGCAAUAGUUCAAGUGUUCUUAUUCCUCGACAAAAGAGGCGAUGGGAAGCUAAAGAGGAAAGACGUCGUUAGGGCAUUAAACGAGGCUUCUCCUAAGGAGAAGUCUCCCGCACACAUCACCCGAACUCGAUUCAAAGAAAUGGAUUGGGACAGGAACGGGCGAGUUAGCUUCAAGGAAUUCAUCUACUCCUUCAUCAGCUGGGUUGGUACCGAGCAGGAUAGUGAAAGUCCCGAGCAACACAUUUAGGAUGCGAGAUGACGAUCAGGUAAAAGGAAGAAUCUG